AUGGGGCAUCGUACUCUAGCCUCCAUCCCGGCCUUGUGGGCCUCCAUCCCCUGUCCACGCUCUGAGCUGCGCCUGGACCUGGUUCUGGCUCCUGGGCAGUCCUUCCGGUGGAGGGAGCAAAGCCCUGCGCACUGGAGUGGCGUGCUGGCGGACCAGGUAUGGACGCUGACCCAGACUGAGGAGCAGCUCUACUGCACUGUGUACCGAGGGGACAAGAGCCAGGUUGGCAAGCCCACACUAGAGGAGCUAAAGGCCGUGCGCCAGUACUUCCAGCUGGAUGUCAGCCUGGCUCAACUGUAUCGCCACUGGAGUUCUGUGGACCCACACUUCCAAGAGGUGGCUCAGAAAUUCCAAGGUGUGCGACUCCUGCAGCAGGACCCCAUCGAGUGCCUUUUCUCCUUCAUCUGUUCCUCUAACAACAACAUUGCCCGCAUCGCUGGCAUGGUGGAGCGGCUCUGCCAGGCCUUUGGACCUCGGCUCAUCCAGCUCGAUGAUGUCGCCUAUCAUGGCUUCCCCAGCCUGCAGGCGCUGGCUGGGCCAGAGGUGGAGGCUCAGCUCAGGAAGCUGGGCCUGGGAUACCGUGCCCGCUACGUGAAUGCCAGUGCCCGAGCCAUCCUGGAAGAACAGGGCGGGCUGCCCUGGCUGCAGCAGCUGCGCAAGGCCCCCUAUGAGGAGGCCCACAAGGCCCUCUGCAACCUGCCCGGGGUGGGCACCAAGGUGGCUGACUGUAUCUGCUUGAUGGCCCUAGACAAGCCCCAGGCUGUGCCGGUGGACGUACAUGUGUGGCAGAUUGCCCAGCGUGACUACAGCUGGCAUCCCACCACGACCCAGGCCAAGGGUCCGAGCCCCCAGGCCAACAAGGAACUGGGAAACUUUUUCCGGAGCCUGUGGGGACCUUAUGCUGGCUGGGCACAAGCAGUGCUGUUCAGUGCUGACCUGCGCCAACCCCAGCGAGCUCAGGAGCCACCAGCAAAGCGCAGGAAGAGAUCCACAGGGCCAGAAAGCUAGGCGGGGGCCAAUGAACAAAGGGAUUCCCCAACCACCUUUCCCCUCCAUUGCCCCCCUCCCCCAUCCAGCCUCAUGUUGGGAAGGGGACUCCCUGCAACUACCUCAGAGCCAGGCACCCUCAAAUCAAGCAGUUAGCACAACAUUGUGGGGUGGGGGUUAUUUGGGAGACAGAGCUACCUAUGGUUUUAUUCUCUUCCCUUUAUUACAAGAAAGAAACAAUAAAAUAGAAACAUUUGUAUGGAAAA